AUGGACGAAGAUCCUUACUUUCGCAAAUUGUCGGCGGAGCUACUGGGCAAGAUAGCCAUCGCGCUGCUGCUUUACGAGGCGGCGAGGACCAGCGUCCUCACCCGCCGAUGGUGGAGUCAGUGGAGGUCGCCGGUGUUGCCGAACAGCCACUUCGCCGGCAACGACAUCACCAAGUUCAUGCCCGACGGUUAUCCAAUCUCCUGCUUCGACACCGUGGGUGAAUUCCUGAGCUGGGUCGACCAGGUUAUCCUUCGGGGAGAGCUCUUCCUUCUCCGCCCGGCCCGCACCCGGUUGAGAAACCGCCGUACCGAGUUCUCCAUCGACUCUCUAGGGCUGAAUUUUGAACCGGAGGAUCCCCAUUGCGGAUGGAUCGAAUUCAAUAAGGACAGAUCCAAAACCACGGCGCCAUUGGUGGAUGGCGCCUGCAUCUACUGCCGAUCCAAAGUCGUAUCCUUUCUAAGCCGUCCGCCGCACGGAGGACUCUCCCUGAGCAGUCUUUUGUCGGGAAGAAGGCGGCAGGAGCUUCUCAAACACUUGACCCUACGGAACUGCGACAUGGACAUCUUCAAGUUCCAAUUCGCCAGCCCCUACAAAUCAAUCAGGUUUCUGAAAUCCCUGGCGGUGCAAAAGGGGCGGUUGAUUGAGGCGAUGUUCCUGUGGGAGCUUAUCCCUGGUUUCAAGGAUCUCGAGGAGUUGACUUUGGAAGACUGCAGCAUCGUCGGCGAUCGUAUUUAUGGGACGCCGGACGGCCGUAUACAGCCGUGCCCCGGUGGCCGGCUGAACAUCGUGACCCGAAGCUUGAUGCAUUUGAGACUGACUAGAUGCAGUGGCUUCGUAGAGAUUUUGUACUCGGCCGGCACCAUAGCAAGGAGAUAUGCUUAUUCGCCGACAUUCCACCAUAGAACAGUAGAAUACGACUUUGCUGAUUUCGUCAGAACACCGCCCAUAUCCAAACCUGAAUUUGAACCGGAACCUGAAUAA